AUGAGUCUGGAUUCUUUUGAAGAGUGUUUGUACGCAGCUUCUUUUGCCGCCUAUGAGUCAGUCUGGUGGAUUGGCAAUGACACACACUCGCUGGCACCUAACCUCCAAGGCGGUCGCCUGUUCGCCAACCCCACGGACUACACAGCCGUCAGACGUGAUCUCGCUCGUCUACGUACCCACCAGCUGCCACCCUCCGGCUCCUACGAGAUAACCAUCACUCUUGUUAGUGCAUUCGCCUCUGGAUCACGUCUCCCCGUCUCAGAUGAUUGGCUCUCGACGUCGUCCAGUCAGGGACACAGCUUUGGUGAUUGGCUACGCCUCUCGGUUGAUCCCGGACUUCUCGAUCUCCAGCGCUAUGUCCCUUUAAAUGUGUAC